AUGACUGAUUGUAUACAGCACCCUUCGCCCGCCUCAACUUCCACCAAACUCGCUUCGACCCUAAAAUCCACCCUCAAACUCGACAAACCGCGCCAUGAGCAGAUUUGGAACAUCCCCAACAUUCUUACGUUUUCGCGUCUUGUCGCAACUCCUGUUGUUGGAUAUCUAAUCAUACACAACCACCAUCUAUACGCCUUCACUCUCUUCACCUAUGCCGCUUUCUCCGAUCUUCUCGAUGGUUGGAUUGCCCGGCGUUGGAAUCUCCAAACUGUUAUUGGAAGUGUCGUUGACCCCAUGGCCGACAAAUUCUUGAUGACAACUCUGGUAACGUGUUUGGCAGUGAACGGUAGUCUGCCGAUGCCACUAGCCGCACUAAUUCUAGGAAGAGAUGUCAGUCUGGCGCUCAGUGCAUUCUACUAUCGGUAUGCCAGUCUGCCGGCGCCCAAGACGAUGGCGAGAUACUGGGAUUUCAGCUUGCCGAGUGCGGAGGUACAUCCCACUACCAUCUCCAAGUUCAACACAUUCCUGCAGUUGAGUCUGCUGGGCACGCUGCUUUGCACCAAUUUGCUGCACGACCCUUCCGCCACCACAUCUGCAGCGGGGGGUUUGCUCAUGUCGAUCCAAGAUGCGCUAGGAGGUGAAGAAGGAGUUAAGACGAUGAUCCAGGGAAUUUCGGCUGUCGUCGCUAGUACGACACUGUACAGCGGCCUCGAGUAUACAUGGUCAAAGAAAGCAGUGGUUAUCUUGGGCGGAGAUGAGGCCUUGAAAAGGAAGCAAGGUUUCCGUGGUAGAAUGAUCAUGGCAGGUGGAUACGGUUCUUUCAUUGCGCUUGCAGCAUAUCUGUGGUUCAACGGCGAGGCUGAAGAGGACCUGAAGAAGGAAGCCAACAAAAAACUGGGUAGCAAAAGUGCAUGA